AUGCUAGGUGUAGGAUUUAUCGUCCCGUUCUUGGUAUUUGCAGGAUUCCUACUGCUCCUGCUUGUGUCUCUUUCUAUCCCAAUUAUCAAGACAAUCUCGAUUUUGAAUAUUGCAACCAACCUCCAAGCAGGUUCUAUAACCACCGGCAUCUCAGGGGGUGUCAGAUUUGGACUGUGGGGAUACUGCGUGUCUGAGAUCACGGCCUCUGUCUUCGGGUUUGACCAAACGCGUGCCGGGUACUGUUCUCGGUCACGAUUAGGUUAUGACAUUGAUAGCCAACUCCUUCAGCUGCUUGGACUCGAUGACCUCAACGAUAUCGUUUCACGUGGUCUGACGUUUGUUCUAGUCCUACAUCCCAUCGCAUGCGGACUCGCGUUUUUGGCACUCCUUUUUGCUUUGAUGCUCCUAUGCCGGCCGGCACGCCUUGCAUCUGCCAUGGCAUUGGUUUUCUCCGUCCUUGCUGCAAUCGUCACCACAGUUGCGUUUGCUAUCGAUGUGGCACUUACUACGAUCGCAAGGAACAAAGUGAGAGACGCGACUGACGGGAACUUUGUCGUUACGUAUGGAGCAAUUCCAUGGAUGACACUAGGCGCGAUGGUUGCAUUGUGGGCUGCUACGGUCGGAGCUUGCUGCGGCAUCUUUGUGGGAGGGAGACGCCGCCGCGAAGCGGAGAAGUACUAA